GUACCUAGAAGCUGCUGUAGGGAAGUAAAAAGCAGAUAGGAGGUGAUCCAGCGUCUUACGGGAGAGCAAAAGCAUUGCCGAAAAGAGCGCGAAACCCCGGCUCAGUUGAGCGUUGGAACCCAUCAGCGUGAACAAUUCGGCGACUUAAUUGGAUAUCAUUUGGUUUGCGUACUGGCUGCUGACUUAAUUUGACGCCACAGCGGAAAUGUCUAAACGGGGAGGCUCGGAACAAGCGCUCGCGCUCGCAAAAGGCAAAAAGAUCAAAGCGGCUGAGGAGGUCCUUAAGCAGGUCAAAGCCCUUGCCGCCCAGCUUAAAUCCAACAAUGAAGUCGAGAAGUCGCUGGCGCAACUGAACCUGCCGUACAACUGCCGAGAGGUUAUUGACAAGGACACGGAUGCGGUUCUGUCGGAGAUCGAGGCGGCCAUAUACGGGGUGGCUGCCAGCGUGCUGGAGGGGGAGGGAUUCAGCUUCGACAUCCCCUCCAGGGCCAAGGGAAACCAGAUGUACGUUCCCGAGUUGGACCGCAUCGUGCUGCGGGACAGCGUGUCCAAGCGCCCCUUUGCAAACACAGCCACAUGCAGGAAGGCCGCCAUCACCUCCCGCAUCCUGGGCCUGGUUCACGAGCUGGUGGGCAAGCGCAUCCAUGUCACCAAGCGAGACCUCUUCUACACCGAUGUGAAGCUGUUCGAGGACCAAGGCCAGUCGGACGCCAUCCUGGACGACCUGGCAUGCAUGCUGGGAUGCACCCGAUCCAGCCUCAAUGUGGUGGCCUCCGAGAAGGGGGUGGUGGUGGGGCGGCUGUCGUUCCGCGAGGACGGGGACUUCAUCGACUGCCAGCGCAUGGGGGUGGGGGGCAAGGCAAUACCGCCCAACAUCGACAAGGUGUCCGACAUUUCCUCCGACGCCGCCUUCAUCCUGCUCGUGGAGAAGGACGCGGCCUUCAUGCGACUGGCGGAGGACCGCUUCUACAACACCUACCCCUGCAUCAUCCUCACAGCCAAGGGGCAGCCGGACGUGGCAACCAGGCUGUUCCUGAAGCGGCUCAAGAGCACUCUCAAGAUCCCGGUGCUGGCGCUCGUGGAUUCAGAUCCGUACGGCCUCAAGAUCCUGUCCGUGUACAUGAAGGGUUCCAUGAACAUGUCGUACGACUCCUCCAACCUGACCACCCCCGACAUCAAGUGGCUGGGCGUGCGCCCCUCCGACCUGGACCGCUUCGACAUCCCGCAGCAGUGCCGCCUGCCCAUGACGGAGGAGGACAUCAAGACGGGCAGGAGGCUGCUGGAGGAGGACUUUAUCCGCUCCAACCCCGACUGGGUUCGCGAGCUGGAGCUGAUGCUGGCCAGCCGCGUGAAGGCGGAGAUCCAGGCGCUCUCCUCCUUCGGCUUCCAGUACCUCACGCAGGUCUACCUGCCGCUCAAGCUGCAGGAGGGGGACUGGAUCUAGCGAGGAGGGCAGGAUCUUGCCUUUCUGUGUCUGCGCGUGUGUGUUAAAGAACGUGCGUAUGUGUGCAUGCGGGUGCUCUGCGCUGUCCCGCGUGUGCGGCCCGGGUUGCGCGGGGGGCCGGCGGGGAGCUGCGGGACGUGGCGGGGGGGGGGGGUGUUGCAAGCUGUUGUACGAGCAUGAGAUGCCAGGACUGAGGUAGGCGGCAGACAGGCGCCGCUAAGCGAUAGGUGAAGAGGCAGGCAGGUAGACAGGUAGGCAGGCAGGCAGUUAGGCAGGCAGAUAUGCAGACAUGAGCUCGUAGGUGGGUGUCACAGAGGCAAGGUGUAGGUGGAGUAGGGCCAAGUCGCCGCAUGCAACCCCCAUCAUCAAGUGCUGUCUCUUCCAGGCAUGCACGAGCCCCAGCCCUAGCAGCCGAGAGAGCAGCUGUGUGUGUGCGGGAAGGAGCCGGCAGGGGUGCAGGUGGUCAGGUGGCCCUCAAGCACCGUCCAGGGCAGCAACGGUGAGAAGACAGGCAGGAGCGGCUGUUUGCAGGAGGAAGGGGACAGCGGGGGCAGCAACUCCCGUACGUGCCGCAAGCUCCCGAAUGCCUCCAUCAGUGGAGGUCCAAGCUUCACUAUCAACACGUGCUGCCACCCACAUCAGCAUCCCCCUGCUGCAACCGCCUGCUCGUUGAAGCAUAUAUCAUGUUGCUAACCGCUGCCAACCGCAAAGUGCAUUACAACCCUGCUAGUAGGCCAAUGUGAUUCGGCAGCAUUCGCUCACC